AUGCUGAAGAAGAGAACGAGAAGCAUGCAAACAUUAAUGGCGAAUACGAACCAGAAACAGAGCAAAACGACACCGUUCCCACGGCUAUUCACAGCUUUCACCAGCUUCAAAAGCUUCACCGAAAACGACGCCGUCGCCAGCCCAACCUCAAUCCUCGACACCAAACCUUUCUCUGUUUUCAAACCCUUUGGACCCGAGAGCCCGAAAACCCACGAACCCAAAAGAACCGGACUAGCCAUUGUCGACUCUCUCAUCCAAGACGAACCCGGAUUCUCCACAAGAUCCGGAUCCAUUCUAUUCGGGUCACCGCUCCCGAUCCGGGUCCCCGAUUCUCCACGAUCCUCCUCGGAUUUCGGGACCAAAACGAAGAAUUCUCCGAUCUCCCCUCCUCCGGAAGAGAUCAAGAAAACGGUUUCCGGGUCGGGUCUCGGGUCGGCCCGAAUCUUGACGGGCUAUUUCUCGACCAGCGAUAUGGAACUAUCGGAGGACUACACGUGCGUGACUUGUCGGCCUAACCCGAGAACGAUCCAUAUAUUCGAUAACUGUGUCGUUGAGAGCCAACCCGGCGUCGUUUUCUUCCGGAGCUCCGACCCGGUUAACGAAUCGAAUCAUUUACCACCCGGUAACUUUCUCAGUACCUGCUGUAACUGUAAGAAGAAUCUUGGCCAUUGCGAUGACAUUUUAAUUUGCAGGGGAGACAGAGCCUUCUGUAGCAGCGAAUGCAGGUCUCUGGAGAUGAUGUCGGAGGGAGAAGACAUUUGAUGAAAUCAGUUUUUUUUUAGAUUAAAAAAAAUGUUAUGAAAUGACUAAAAUAAAUAACUCGUAAUAUUAAGAUGAAAAAUCUGUGUUACAAAAAAAAAGAAGAAAAUAUUAAGAUGAAAAUGUUAGAUAAUAAAUUUUGCUUAGUUGCUUUUUUGCUCGCGGCAGAGUUGGUAUCUGUAUCUUCUUUUUUUUGUCACUGAGUUGGUAUCUGUAUCUAUGUGUGUUUAUGUGUCUAUAUGCAUAAUCAUAUGCUUCAUCUUUUA